AUGGGAGCUGGAUCCGGUGAUAAGCCGAGCAGAGUCUUCCAGUCCAGGCUUCGGGAGAGAAACGACAUCCUGCCGUCGUCGUCGUCAUCGCCGUCCUGGGACAUGCCGAAGAGCCCGGAGCCCCUGCCGUUCACCGAUGACGACGCCCGGUUGCCGCCGGAGGCUUUGCCAGGCCCCUUCUCGUCGUCCUCGUCCGGGAGCAUGAACUUACACACACCUGGACCAGACCUCAUGAGCGGGGGCACCGCAGCGAGCGGCAGCCUGCGGACAGCCCUCUCCCACUGCGUCCAGCAGGUGCGCAGCUACGACUACCACAACUACCUCUGCCUGCUCCACCUGCCCCCCGCCAUGCGCAAGGCCGCGUUCACCUUCCGGGCCUUCAACGUCGAGACGGCCAAGGCCAUGGACGUCGUGUCCGACCCCCGCAAGGGCCUCAUGCGCCUCCUCUGGUGGAAGGACGUGGUCGACAAGGUCUGCGCCGGCAAGAAGGUCGAGCACCCCGUCGCGCUCGCGCUCUCCUCGGUGCUCUCCGAGCAGAAGGUCAGCAAGCACUGGCUCAAGCGGUCGCUGGAGGCCAGGAUCAACGACGGGAACCGGGAUGAGGACGCCAUCCCUGAGAACGUCCCGGAGCUGGAGAGGUACGCGGAGGACACCCAGUCGACCAUCCUGUACAUGACGCUGCAGGCCGGUGGGAUACAGUCCACUGUUGCUGAUCAUGCCGCGUCACACAUCGGCAAGGCGAGUGGGCUGCUGCUGCUGCUCAAGGCGCUGCCUCACCAUGUGAGCAAGCAGGGGAAGAUACCUUACAUCCCGGCGAGUGUGGCCGAGGAGUGCGGGCUGCUUGCGCGGGAGGGUGGCCGGACGGAGGUCAGGAUGGGCGACGCGCUCCCGGAUGCAGUUUUCAAGGUUGCGUCUGUUGCUGAGGCUCACCUGCAGAAGGCCCGGGAGCUGGCCGCGUCUGUGCCAGCGGAGGCGGUCCCCGUGCUCCUCCCAGCCGUGCCGGCCCAGGUCCUUCUGGACUCCCUGCGGCGCCGCGAAUUCAACGUCUUCGACUCACGCUUGUCCAGUGGAGUCCAUGGCGUAUCUCCUCUGUGGUACCAGCUAAAGCUAAACUGGCACGCGUGGCGAAACAAGUACUGA